UCGACUGAUAGUCCUUUUCUUCUCUUUUCUUCGCUUUGACUCCUCUUAUCUUUCUUUCUUUCCUCUCUUCAUCACCGACACCAUCCAAGCAACCCGUCAUUCUCCAUACAAUCUAAGCCGGUCGUUUCGAUCUCUCGAUCGGGUUGUGGGAGAAGAUGGCGUCCAGUUCGAUGUCAAGGGGUUCGAGCUCGUGGACGGCAAAGCAGAACAAGGCGUUUGAGAAGGCGCUCGCGGUGUUUGACAAGGACACGCCGGACCGCUGGCACAAUGUGGCCAAAGCCGUGGGCGGCAAAACUGCUGAGGAGGUGAAGAGGCAUUACGAGCUGCUUGUGGAGGAUGUGAAGCAUAUUGACUCUGGCCACGUCCCCUUCCCCAAUUACAGGACGACCGGGCAUGGAAACGUUGAUGAUGAGGACAAAAGGAUGAAGAAUCUGAAGCUCCAUUGAAGCGUGAUCUCUUUGGCAGAGAGAGACAUAUAUUAAAGAAGCAGCAGAUAUAUGAUAAUAAGAAGACCAAGUACUCGUAUUAGCUUUAGGAAUAAUCAUCACAAGCGGUGAUUUAAAUGUUUGAAUAUUGUCGAGUUACGUGCUCCUAGAGCUUGUACUCAUCUGUUGUAUUUUUCAUUCCGAAACUAUAAAUUCUCAACGUAUUAGCUA